GUCACUUUUUAAAGGGAAGUAAAAUAGAAAUGAUGAAAUUGUAGGCUGCAUGCUGAUGAAAUACGAAUGUCACUCGAACUCGAGUGUGAGUAUUGGAAUAGCGUUUAAACAAAUUCCACAUGCAAAUUUUGCACCUGCGGAUGCGUUCUCGUCGUCGUUUAAACCGUUCUUUGACUCUAAUUUGAAUAUUUAAUUUUACUUCCAUUUUUUUUAUCUUACCGUCAGAAUUAUGUCAGUUGUGUUUAAAUCCCUCAUCUCCCCCAAUUGAUCUCCCCCAUCAUGCAACUGCAAGUUAUUAAAUAAAUUAAAGCGUUGUCGUUGACAUUUAAUGUUUAAAAAUCAUUAUGAACUUGAUACAUUUGUCUUCCAUUAUACUGGUUUAUUCUACAUGUCCAAGAGCAAGUCAAGGAGCGAAGGAGAAGCUCCUGUCCUGUUCUUACCUCAAAGGUGAUAUAACUGUUGAGUGGGUGAAUUGCCGUCCAUAUAUUUAUCAUGAUUUCGACAGCAACGCGACAGAUGUUCAAGCAAUAGGAAUAAUUCCGAGAGCCCUGGAUAUUGUAGCGAAUGUAUCUAAUUUUGUAUAUGAAUAUAAACUUGUAAAUGACACGGAACAGUUCCAGAAAGCGUCAACAACAGCAUUCAGAUAUUAUCAACAGCAUAAGAAUGGACAAAAUCUGAUACUUAUUCCAUGCUUGUCGGUUAAUUCAAAGAGGUUUAAACACCGUAACGAAGAUGAUGACGAAAACCACGGGGGAUGCUACUCCGAUAAAGAAACGACAACCUGUCCUAUAGAGAUCACAGAGAGUUAUGGCCCUGCGUUCAUGACAAAGUCCAGAAGGACUAAGUCGCUGGAUCAGUCUAUUGUAGAUGGACUUCAGAAAAGUUGGAAAUCCAUAGUUGUUACUUUGCUUCUUGCUUGUCUAGCUGGAAUUGCUUUGUGGAUGGCAGAACGGAAAAACAACUCGAAAGAAUUUCCAAGGGACUUUGUACCUGGAGCCUGGCAAGGUUUCUGGUGGGCAUUGGUGACUAUGACAACAGUGGGGUAUGGCGAUAAAGCACCAAAAUCAAUUCCUGGUCGCCUGGUUACAAUCUGUUGGAUGAUAAUUGGUAUGAUAUUUUUCUCCAUUUUGACUGGCACAAUGACAGCAGUACUUUUUAACACCGACGUGCCUGAAGACAAAACUAUGUUUGCGAAGAGGGUUGCUGUCCUGAAAGGAUCUGAAGAAGUACAAUAUGCAAUGGCCGAGAGUGCUUAUGUCUUUGAAUACAACACAGUUGGAGAUAUUAUUGAAGCUGUCAAAAACGAUGAAAUCGACUUCCUGUUAUUGGAUCGUUUUAUUAUAAAUUCCCACUUGGAAGAAUUUAGUCGAUAUCACUUCAAAGUAACAAAACUUAUCGACAAAAGCUAUAGUUAUUUUAUUUUCGUCAAAAGUUCACAAAAUAAUUUCACAAGACAUUGGGAUGAUUGUUUUGAAAUCUUGCAGCCGUGUGUCUACAAAACUUUACAGGAAAUGAAAAUGAAUAUGUCGAAUGAAUGGAGUAAAACAAAUCCUGAAGAGCAAGGAACAAUAAUGGCGGAUGAUAUAAUUGUUAUUCUCUCUGGCACGGUUAUUGUUUUGAUGUUUCUUGGUAUCGCAUGGCAAUAUUUCCACACCAAGAAUUCGAAUAUAAUACAUGUUAAAGGUGCCAAAGAAUUAAAUCAGAAUGUCAAAAUGGACAUUCUUAAUCCUGGAUACAACAACGAAAGGCGGAAAGAAAAUAAUUUCAAAUGUGAAAAAUGUCUUCAGUGCAAGCAAUGUAAUGCCCAGAUGGAAUAGAUCAAAAUACAUGAUACAUUGCACUGCGACUCUGCGAGGUGCAAUUUGUGAGGUGCAAUGUUUUUUAAUCGCUGCAAGAAACCGAGAUGUCGCUUCAAAGAAGCGUUCUACCACAUCCACAAUUGCUGAGAAAAAAA